AUGACCAACAACCGCUGGGUUCGCAACAGCCUGAUCUAUCUCCUGAUCAUCAUUGGCGUCAUCGUCAUCUUCUACACGCUGCUCCCGAGUUUCGGCAGCAGCGAACGUCUGGCGUUGACCGAGGUGCUCACUCAGGCCCGAGCCGGCCAGAUCGAUCGGAUCAUAGUGGACGGCGAGAAACUCACCGUGAUACCCACGGUGGGCCGGCAGGGAGAUGAGGCCCAGAAGUACAGCAGCCGCAUCGGCAAGAACACCGACCUGGAGAGCUUGCUGAUCACCACGGGCAUCUGGGACCAGGUCAGCGCGCCCGACGUGGAGUACAAGGGAUCGAGCGGGUUCGGCAGCGUUUUCGGCAUUCUGCUCAACUUCCUGCCCCUGAUCUUCUUUGGCGGGCUGAUACUGCUGAUGAUGCGGCAGGCCCAGGGAUCCAACAACCAGACCAUGAGCUUCGGCCGCAGCCGCGCCCGCAUGCUGUCCACCAACCGCCCGUCGGUGACCUUCAACGACGUGGCGGGAGUGGACGAGGCCAAGGCGGAGCUUGAGGAAGUGGUGGACUUCCUGAAGUACCCCGAGCGCUUCCUGCAACUGGGCGCGCGCAUCCCCAAGGGAGUCCUGCUGGUGGGCCCACCGGGCACCGGCAAGACCCUGCUCGCCCGGGCGGUGGCCGGUGAAGCCGGCGUACCCUUCUUCCACAUCUCCGGCAGCGAAUUCGUGGAGAUGUUUGUCGGCGUGGGCGCGGCGCGGGUGCGCGACCUUUUCGAACAGGCCAAGCGCAACGCUCCGUGCAUCCUGUUCGUCGAUGAAAUCGACGCGGUUGGACGCCACCGUGGCGCCGGACUGGGCGGCGGACACGACGAGCGCGAGCAAACCCUGAACCAGAUCCUGGUUGAGAUGGACGGCUUCGAGACCAACACCAACAUCAUCGUCACCGCCGCCACCAACCGGCCCGACAUCCUGGACCCGGCCCUGCUGCGGCCCGGACGUUUCGACCGCCGCGUCACUCUCGACCUGCCCGACGUGCUGGGUCGAGAGGCUAUUCUCAAGGUACACAUCGCCGGCAAGCCCCUGUCCCGCGAGAUCAAGAUCGACGUGAUCGCUCGCGAAACCCCCGGCUUCAGUGGGGCGGAUCUGUCCAACCUGGUCAACGAGGCGGCGCUGCUGGCGGCCCGCAAGAACCAGUCCAGCAUCUUCAUGCAGGACUUUGAAGAGGCCAUCGAGCGCGUGAUCGCCGGUCCGGAGCGGAAGAGCCGGGUCAUCAACCAGCGCGAAAAGGAGAUGACCGCCUACCACGAGGCGGGCCACGCGCUGGUCGCCUGGCACCUGCCCCACGCCGACCGCGUGCACAAGAUCAGCAUCGUGUCCCGCGGCAACAUGGGCGGACACACCACCCUCCUGCCCGAUGAGGACCGCUACCUCUGGACGAAGAACCAGUUUCAGGACAUGCUGGGCGUCAUGAUGGGCGGCCGCGUCGCCGAGGAGUUGAUCUUCGACGAGGUCACUACCGGCGCCAGCAACGACAUCGAGCGCGCCACCAAGACGGCCCUGGGAAUGAUCAAGCGCUACGGAAUGUCCGCCAGCCUCGGCCCGCGCACCUUCGGCAAGCGCGAGGAGAUGGUAUUCCUGGGGCGUGAGAUCAGCGAGGAGCGCGACUACGGCGACAAGAUCGCCGAAGAGAUCGACGAUGAGGUCCGUCACCUGAUUCACAACGCCUACCGGCAGGCACAGCAGUUGCUGAUCGACCACAAACCCAAGCUGGUGCAGGUUGCCGAGUACCUGAUCGAGCACGAGGCCAUCUCCGGCGAUGCCCUGAACGAGCUGUUCAACGACGACCUGCCGGGCACGGAAAUGGAACCGGCCGUACCGGAGGCGCCAACGCCCUCCCCUUACGCACCGCCGGCUCCUCCGGUUACCCAGGGUGGACCGCUCCCCAACCCGGCGCCAGCCUUCGGCAGCGCCAGCACUGCGGAGCCGAUACCGGGACCCUCGCCGGCAGACGACUGA